CCAGCGUUCGGGCUUCUAAAACCUGAGAUCCCAGCUUGUUCCCAAACCCUGGCCUUGCAUCCUCCGUGUGUCUGACCCUCCUAACGUCCUCUCCUCCCUCUGCCCAUGGGCCGUUGCCCCCCAGAUGGACAACGUGGAUGCUGAGAAGGAGGUGCCAGGGGGAGGCUGGAUCGCAGUGGCCUACGUGGGCAAGGAGCAGGCGGCCCAGUUCCCGCAGGAGAGUCCGAGCGGCGGCCCGCGGGCCUAUCCCAAGGCGCUGGUCCAGCAGAUGCGGAGGGCGCUCUUCCUGGGGGCCUCGGCCCUGCUCCUCCUCAUCUUGAACCACAAUGUGGUCCGAGAGGUAAGCCGGAGGAGGCUUUGGGGCACACAGGCUGGGGGUGGGAGCCCUCCUGUCGAGCUCCUCUUGGCUUCCCCUCCCAGGAGGACCCAGGCCACAGCUGAGAUCACGAGUGGAGCGUCCCUGUCGGCCAACAUCGAGUGGAAGCUGACCCUGUGGACCACCUGCGGCCUCUCCAAGGAUGGCUACGGAGGAUGGCAGGACCUGGUGUGCCUGGGAGGUAGCCGGGCCCAGGAGCAGAAGCCGCUGCAGCAGCUGUGGAACGCCAUCCUGCUGGUGGCCAUGCUCCUGUGCACAGGCCUCGUGCUGCAGGCCCAGCGGCAGGCGUCCCGGCACAGCCAGCAGGAGCCCGGAGGCCAGGUGGGAGCCAGCGCGGGGAGUCCGGGGCCCCCCUGCUUGGACUAUUUCUGCAACAAGCAGUGGCUCCGGGUGCUGCCCUGUAAGCAUGAGUUUCACCGGGACUGCGUGGACCCCUGGCUGAUGCUCCAGCAGACCUGCCCACUGUGCAAGUUCAACGUCCUGGGGAACCGCUACUCGGAGGAUUAGCUGCCCCAGCUGGCGCUCUGCACGGGGAGAUGCCCCCCCCCCAACCUGCACUCUGGCCCUCGCCUGGGCAGGACAGGAAACCCUGAGGGUGGGAGGGAAGAUGGGGCCUUCCCUGCUGAGCAAGGCACCCCCCCACAUCCACCGCCCCCAGGCUGAGGGUGCCGGGCCCAGACCUGCUGGGAAGUGAGGGAGAGAGGCCCCUUUGGGGUCUUUGUGUACAGUCCUGGGGUGUCUGCCUUCUUGCAGGCAGCCCCCGGGCCUGGGGAGAGGUGAGGGCGGCGGGAGCUCUGCCUGCCCGUCAGGACACCCCAGGGCCAAGGCUGCAGUGGCCACUUUUGUGCUUAUUUAUUGGGGGGUGGGUCGGGGAGCAGCUGUCUAGCCUCGGGGGCACCCUGGCCAGACCAUCUUUCAGGGCACAUCUUGGUCAAGGCUGGAUGUGAAACCCAGGGGCCUCCUGCCCGCGGGCUUUGGGCACUGGGAGCCAAGGGCUCCCGGCCAUCCAGGGGGGGGCCCUCCUGCCUGGGGAGACCAGAGACCGCAGAAACCGUCCAGUUCCGUGUUGCUCGGUGGGGCGACGGUCACUGCCCAGGACACUUGAAGCCCCGGAUAAAUGUGGUGCAUCUUCCAGGGCGUCCGUUUUUUUACAAGACUUGGGGGAGGGGAGGUGGUUUACUAUUAAAAUAAACAAGGAUAUAUUUUAACGUAAGAAAUAACAUGUGCGUGGAUGUUUUAAGAUU